GUCACCUUUUCCCUCUUUUCAAUUUGCGUUCCCUCCUUUUUUUGUUUUUUCUUUUUAGGGUUUUAGUGUGAAGAAGGUAGGUCAACACUGCUCUCCUUCUUUACAAGUCUCUCUUGCUGCAAACUUGACAUAACUCAAUGCAAUUUUGAAACUUUUCCAAAUAAUUCCAUACCUCUCGUCAAAUAACCCCCCCGCCAUGGCCAUAGAUCCCAAUUCCACCACCGCCAGCGCCGCCGCUACGACUGUACCCGCCGUUGCAGCCGCGACAACAAUGGCGCCAGCUCGUCCUUUGACGAGUCCACCGCCAUUAUCAAGACCUAUAUCUCAGCUUUCUCAGCCUCCUCCCAUACAACUCCAUAACUCUCACCUUUACCCGUCUCAGCCCUUCUACGCGGCACAGUCGCUUCCCAUCAGGGCACAAAACCCUCAUUCCAAUUCUCAGUUGUCUAAAGCCCAUGAUUCUGUGCCUCAGGGUGUUCUUUACCCUGUUGCCUCGUCUGGCCGUGGAUUUAUUCCCAAAGGGGCUCGACCUUUAUCCACUGAUCAGAUGGUCACCGUGGCGAACCCCGGUGUUUACCCACCGCCUCAUUCUCUGGUGUUUCCCCCUGGUGUUCGGCCCAUGGGUUCGCCUCAUUUAGAUUAUCAUCUGAGUUACCCCUUGCAUUUGGCGAGGCCUCCCAAUAUGCAGUAUGCUCAUCCCGGUUUGGCUGGAGGGGCUGGCUCUGGCCCCUUUAAGGGUGUUCCGGUUUCUGCACACCCGAAGGUUGCUCCUCGGUCUACCAAUGGCUAUAAGGAUACCAGGUUAUAUGCAAGUGACGUUAUGUGUACAGUUUCCUUCUGUCAUCUUUUCUUCUUGGAAAGAAGCAAGGAAGAUGCCUUUAUCCUUGUCAGAGAUAGAAAAGUGAGAAUUACAGAGGAUCCAUCUCUCUAUGCGCUUUGUAGAUCAUGGUUGAAGAAUGGUGUAAUGAAGAAACCCAGUUUCAUGCCCCGCUUGGUAGCAGGACAUUGGAGGGGAAAAAGUGGAAGUAGAAGUGGAACCCAUAAUUGUGUUUGGUUUGCGCGAAGAGGGUUCCUUAACAAAUUACAACAAGAGGAUGUCAUGAAGGUACUUCCCAAACCAUUGUCUGCAUCGGUGGUGGCUGGUUAUAUGGAAAACAACAAAGAAGAUGAAGACGGAGAUAAGCAGGAAGAGGAGGAGAAGAUUAAUGAACAGUUAUCUUCACAAGAUCUAUUGAAGGGGCAUAUCCAACGUGCUAAAAAGGUUCGAGCACGAUUAAGGGAAGAACGGUUACAAAGAAUCACAAGGUACAGAAGUAGGCUGAGGCUUUUGCUUCCUCCAUCUGUUGAUCAGCUCAGAAAUGAUGCGGCUGCCGGGAACUAACUUUACUAACUUUGCUUGUGGCAUCUGAACUGGCAUUUGGCAAAUCACAGCUGGUACAUUGUUGAUUUUUGUUCCUUAAUCUGUUACCCAACUGUAAAUCGUACAUCUUAGAAUCUCCUCUACUUCAGCUCCCUUGCAAAAACCAGAUUUCUUGAUUUGGUAAUCACAUGGUCCGAUGUAAAUUUGUAUAGUUAGUUACUUGGCAUAAAGUAAGUGACUUCUGGUGAUUGUUCAAAUGAA